CCGCCUCCUCCUCCCGCCGCCCUCGGUCUCCGAUGGCCGAAGCACCGGAGCAGCCGAUGUCGGACCCUCCCACUCCGCCCCAGGAGACGAAGCAAAGGCCCAAGAAAAACAAGAGAGGCCGCUCCAAGAAACCGAAGCGAGCCGCCGCCGCCGACGCUGCCGCCCCCUCCUCCACCGGCGCCGCCAUGGUCGAGGACCCCUUCCUCGUCCUUGCCGGCGGCAAGGAAGGAGGGUUCCUGGAGCUGGAGGAAAUCGACGGGGCCGACUACGGGAUCUUCGGGAGCAUCGUGGAGGACGUGGGAGCAAGUGCGAGGAAGGUGGGGGGUGACCAAAAGAGGAAGACGAAGAGGGGGAAACGGAAGCGAGGGGAUGGUGCCAAGCGCUUAGAUGCCGAUGACGAUUUGGUACCUGAGAGCAAGGAGGAGGAGGGUGAGAAGGCUGAGGAGAAGGGAAAGAGGAAGAAGAAGACCAGGAAGAAGAGGAAGGUGAACGAUAAGGAGACGGAUUCAGAGAGCAAGGAGGAUGCUACGGAUGACAAUGUGGAGGAGGGUAAGAAGGAUCUUACCGAUGACAAUGCCGAGGAGGGUAAGAAGGGCGAGAAAAGGGGAAAGAAGAAGAGGAACAGGAAGAAGAGGAAGAAGGUGAAUGACGAGGAGAAGGAUUCGGAGAGCAAGGAGGAUGUUGCCGAUGACAUCAUGGAAGAUGCGCAAGACGUCGAUGAAAAUAUGGAACAAGAUAACAAUGGUGAGCUGAAAUUGGGCGAGGAUGAACUUUAUGCGUGGCUGGAGUUAAGAUUGCAUCCCCUUCUUAUCAAGGCAAUGCACAGGCUUGGGUUUAAAGAACCAACACCCAUACAAAAGGCUUGCAUUCCUGCAGGGGCUCAUCAAGGCAAGGAUGUUAUUGGUGCAGCAGAGACAGGUUCUGGAAAGACACUUGCCUUUGGUCUUCCUAUUUUGCAGCGCCUUCUCGAAGAACGAGAGAAGGCUGAAAGAUUACAUGUAGAAGAUGAAAAAUUGACUGAGGAAAGUUCUUCGGGAGGCCCACUCCGCGCACUUAUUUUGACACCCACAAGAGAACUUGCCAAACAGGUCUGCGAUCAUCUAAAAGAUGCAGCAAAGUUCUUAGGAAUUCACGUUGUUCCUAUUGUUGGUGGUUUAUCCAUGGAUAAGCAAGAACGGCUUUUAAAAAAGAAGCCUGAAAUUGUCGUUGGAACUCCAGGAAGAUUAUGGGAGCUAAUGUCCUCAGGCAAUCAGCACCUAGUUGAGCUGCAUUCACUGUCAUUCUUCGUGUUGGAUGAGGCUGAUAGAAUGAUAGAGCGGGGUCAUUUCAAAGAAGUGCAAUCUAUCAUUGAGAUGCUUCCUCUAUCUAAUAGUUCUGAUGAGCCAACUGUAAAAGCCACGUCAAGCUGUGAAACUGUGCUAAAUUUGCAAGUAAAAAAGAGGCAAACCUUUGUCUUCUCCGCGACACUUGCACUCUCAGCUAAUUUUCGCAAGAAGUUAAAGCGUGGCCUUUCUACUUCAAAGGCCUCAACGGCUGAUGAUUUGAGCUCCAUCGAAGCACUUUCGAAGCAGGCUGGUAUGAAACCUAAUGCAGAAAUAAUUGAUUUAACAAAUGCUUCGAUCUUGCCUGCGAAACUUGAAGAAUCAUUCAUCGAGUGUAGCGAUGAUGAUAAGGAUGCCAACCUGUACUAUAUAUUAAGUGUUCAUGGACAAGGCCGCACAAUAAUAUUUUGCACAUCUAUUGCUGCAUUGCGUCACAUUUCUUCUUUAUUGCGCAUACUCGGAAUCAAUGUCUUGACAAAUCACGCUCAAAUGCAACAAAGGGCUCGCAUGAAGGCUGUCGAUCGUUUCCGUGAAAGUGAGAAUUCCAUUUUGGUCGCGACUGAUGGUUUUGCAAGGGGCAUGGACUUUGAUAAUGUCCGAACUGUUAUCCAUUAUCAACUGCCACAUUCCAGUGAUGUUUAUAUCCACAGGAGUGGAAGGACAGCACGCAAAUCAUUGGCAGGUUGCAGUAUUGCGUUGAUCUCUCCUGAUGACAAAGCCAAGUUUUACUCUCUCUGCAAGUCAUUUUCAAAGGAGAACCUCCAGCAGUUUCCUGUUGAUCAGGCAUACAUGCCUCAAGUAAUGAAUAGACUCUCCCUUGCUCGGCAGAUUGACAAGAUAUCACGUAAAAAUUCACAGGAAAAUGCUAACAAAUCCUGGCUUCAGAGGAAUGCUGAAUCCAUGGGACUUAUAUUGGAUGCUAGUGACAGUGAGGAAGAACGUGUACAGGGCCACAAGCAACGAAAGGCAACAUCUGCAAAGCUCCAGAAACUUCAACAGGAUUUAAACGAACUCUUGCAACACCCCUUGCAACCUAAGACUUUCUCACGGCGCUAUUUGGCUGGGGCUGGUAUUUCACCAUUGCUCCAGAAGCAACUAGAAGAUUUGGCCAAAAGGAAUGUAAAUGGUAAUACUAGUAAUAACGAGAAUAAAGGGUCUCAAUUUGUUAUUGGCCAGGAUCGUGUGGAACCCUUGCAAGCUCUUCAAGAUUCUGGGCAAGAGAUUUGUGUGAAUAUGGACAAGCAAAGAGAGAAGAGAAGACUUGCUGAAAAUUGGAGGCGGAAGAAACAUGAAGAGAAGAAGAGUACACGAGAACAAAAGAGAAAUGACAGGAGACAAGCAAAAGAGAGGGACUGAAUAGUCGAUGAAUAACUGGAGGAGCCAUUUAUCUUGGCUAUGUUUCUGGGUUCAGUAGGGUAAAUGUGCCAGGCAACUUAUGUUGUCAGGGACACUUGAGGUCCAUGAUUGCUUCCAAGAACACCUUCACUGAUGUUUUUGACGUGAUAUUUCACUGAAGGCACUAAAUUUAUGAGUUGGUGUAAACAAGAUUGAGUCGAUCAGGCGAUGGAUAUCAUCAUUUGCAGUUAAGCUAGAACCGAGCCUCAGCAAAGAAUGAUGAAACAUAAGCAAUUUGCUUGGCUGUGUUGUAACAGUUAACCCAUCUCUGUAACCUGUGAUAUACGUUUAUUAGAGUUUAUCUUUAAAUUUUUUCUUUU